CGGGGCCGCCGCUCGCCUCGCAGAGAUGCCCCGGACGGUGCUGCUGCUCUGCCUGGCCCUCGGGCCGGUCCUGCGCGCCAGGUGUGAGAGCACAGAGGAAUACGAUUAUGAUUACCUCAGCAUCAAUAAAACCUGGGUCCUAACGCCCAAGGCACAGGAGACCGAUGCCACGCAGAUCCUCAACUCGCUGCUCAAGAACUAUGACAACAAGCUGAGGCCUGACAUUGGCAUCAAGCCCACCUUCAUUGAUGUGGAUAUCUACGUGAACAGCAUCGGGCCCGUGUCUGUCAUCCAGAUGGAAUACACCAUUGACAUCUUCUUUGCCCAGACGUGGUACGACCGGCGCCUGCGGUUCAACAGCACGCUGAAGGCUCUGACACUGAACACCAACAUGGUGAGCCGCAUCUGGAUCCCUGACACCUUCUUCAGGAACUCCAAACGGGCUGAUUCCCACUGGAUAACCACUCCCAAUCAGCUCCUCCGCAUCUGGAAUGAUGGAAAAGUGCUCUACACUCUCAGGCUGACAAUUGAGGCUGAAUGUCUGCUCCAGCUGCAGAAUUUCCCAAUGGACACUCACUCCUGCCCUUUGGUUUUUUCCAGUUAUGGAUACCCUCGGGAGGAGAUCGUCUAUCGCUGGAGACGCUACUCCAUCGAGGUGUCUGACCAGCGCACCUGGAGGCUCUACCAGUUUGACUUCACGGGGCUGAGGAACACCUCAGAAGUCCUCAGGACUGGGGCAGGGGAGUACAUGGUGAUGACAGUUUCUUUUGACCUAAGCAGACGUAUGGGUUACUUUGCCAUUCAGACCUACAUUCCCUGCAUCCUGACUGUUGUUCUUUCCUGGGUUUCCUUCUGGAUCAAGAGAGACUCUACACCAGCCAGGACAUCUCUGGGUAUCACGACUGUGCUCACCAUGACCACCCUGAGCACCAUCUCCCGCAAGCACCUGCCCCGUGUUUCCUACAUCACAGCCAUGGACCUCUUUGUCUCCGUGUGCUUCAUCUUCGUCUUCGCCGCUCUCAUGGAGUAUGCCACGCUCAACUACCUGGUGGGAAACAAGAAACCACUGGAGCACAGCCACAGGAAAGCCAGGCUGCCACCUGCCGGCGCACAGGUGAUGCCAACCUACACCGCCAUCAACAUCAACCACAUCAUGCACUGGCCCCCGGAGAUAGAGGAGGAUGAGGAUGACGAGCCCGGCUCCCCGUGCCUGGAGGGGAAGGAGUGUGAGAGGUUCUUCUGCUGCAUCGAGGACUGUCAGACGGGGAUGUGGCGGGAGGGGCGGGUCCGCAUCCACAUCUCCCGCCUGGACUCCUACUCCCGCGUCUUCUUCCCCACCGCCUUCCUGCUCUUCAACAUCGUCUACUGGAUUGCCUAUCUCUAUCUCUAGCCCUUCUUUGUCCUCAGCUGGAAUGGGCAGGGCACCAGCAAGAGGGGCUUCUCGAGGAGCAUAGAGAACAGCAUCUCUCCUGUUGUAGUCAGCUGUCAGUCUGAGCAACCCGACCUGGUGAUUCCCUCUUCCUGCUCUCUCAUCUCUUCUGAGAAGAACCAAACAGCUUUUUUUUUUUAGCCUUCUAACAUAUCUUUUUAGAGAAUCUACCCUUCCCCAGACAGCCCUCUCUCCAACACCACCAGCAUUGUACUCCUUGUAAGAUUACCCAAAAACAUCCUAUUCCCAUCUCAAGCAUUAGGGAUUUUGUCAAAAAAAACCCCUUAAUGCAUUUCAUUUUUCCAUCCAAUCCUACUCCAGAAUUUCAAGGCAAACGAUGGCAAAUGGAGUUUCCUGCAUAGUUAUUAAGACUGCAAAGGAAAUCAAAUACAUCUUUCGACUUCUACACCACUUCCACCAGAACAGACUUUGUGGGGGGCCAGAAGCUCGGAAAAGUCAGAAGGAAACAGUGUGGACAAGGACAGCAGUGCAGCUCUCCCACAGUAGCUGGGCUUGGCUGAAACGUUUUGGGCCUGCCCAGACAUCUGAUGGUGGCACUGACGAGGAUGGAGUUGCUGCAAGCCUCCCCCAGCUCCCCGCAGAGCAUCUCUGAAGCAUUCCUCACGGAUCACUCCAGGACACCCUCCCACUGAGGCGCUGCUGAUUCCCACCCCACGGUGAUGAAAAGCACUUCCAAGCUGGAAGGGCCCACCUGCCUUGCUGGAGCAGGCUCUCCAGGGCCCACAGUGACAUUUCUGCUGUGUGACCAGGACUCAGAGCAGGCUUUGCAGCUGGGCAUAGCCAAAAGAGGGGGGAAGUCCUUGUGAGAAGGGCCAGAAGAAGCCUCCUGAGCCUGUAGUGAGGUAGUUCUCGUUGGGCUGUCUCACAUGGGCUGUGAGUCACAGAGGGGCACUGCUGUCCCCCGCCGUGACACUCGCUGAUGCCAUCAGAUCUGUGCUGGGUGGUCGGUGCCAACCUGAGGAAGGGGUACAGGAAAGGGAACACGCAGCUCCCAGUGCAUUCCUGCAGCUCAGAUGUGUUCCCUCCUUUAUUUUUUUUUUCAUAAUUGCAUAAAACAAGAGUUUUCUCUCUAACUGGAUGACCCCUGCCCGUUGCCAUCAUCACUUGGCCUGUUUCCUCAUAAAAUCAGGAAGUGGAGUGAGUUGUCCUUGAUGGAUUUUAAGAAGGACAAGCGUAGUGAGAUGGUCCCAUCCUAAAGAGACGGAGAAAUGCAUUACACAGUUUCAGCUGGGGAGAAACUGCAUAAUAAAGAAGAGGAAACCCAGGCCCGAGGUCCAUAAUGUGUCAACUGGCUGCCUCCCCAUCUACACCAGCUGCUGAUGUGGCCCACAGCAUGAUUGUGAAAAGCAGUGGGCUGUUAAUAGUUACUUACUGUGUAAAUUAGAAACAAAAAGAAUCUUUUUUUAAAAACAGCAUGUUUUAGGAAAAAAAUUAGGACUUAAAAGGCUUGUCAGGAGAAGAAAGCCGGCAUGGCUGUAGAGGAAAAGUUAGGAAAGACUGGCUCCCAGGACAGCUAACAGGGGCAGGAGGUUUUAUAUAUUCUUGGAGAGCAAUUUGGUCUGGUUUUAAGACAGAUUUUGACACUGUUAAAUCUGAUCUGAAUAAUGAAGUGUCAUGUUUAAUUCAUUCACAAAUGCAGCCUUACCUGGGUUCCAGAUGAACAGCUAGAGCAUCUUAUUAAGUAUACAAUAGUACAACACUCAGCUAAGUAUAACCUAAUGGGGUCAGACCAGCAGAGCUCUGAAAGGGGAAAUUGUGCCUGUCUAACCUGUUACAGUUCUUUUAAAAUACCAAGGAAGAGAUAAAGGUUACUCAGAAGCAUAAUGUGCUUAGCUACUCCGACAGCUUUUGAAAGGGAGGAAAGAAAUUGUGGCGGGCGGUUCUAACUGAGGAAAUUGAUUUAGCAAAAGAAUUAUUAAGGAGGUUCUAAUUAGAGGAAAUUAACUGAGGAGAGGGGGGAAAAAAAGAAUUGUUAAGGAGGCUCUAAUUAGAGGAAAUUAAUGUUUUAGAGAGAAAGACACAGAGAGGGAGAAGUCUAAGAAAAGAAUCAAAACAACUUGCAGACAAGGGAAGCUGCUGGGUGACAGUGCCGACUCCCAGCCAAGCUGGCUGAUGUUCUGCUCCCAGUAGCAAAGCGUUAUUAGAUGUAGCAACAGAAAAACCUCCUAUGACUCAGCCCUACACCGACAGGGAGCUGGAUUAAAGAGGGUCCUGUGAUCUCUUUGGGGAGCCAAAAGGAAAGAGCAUCCCAGAUUGAAACUGGCUGGCACGCCAGGCUGUGAGUGAAGCGCGUCCUCGCAUUUGGGCAGGCAGCUGUCGGGGCUGUGUGGGAGGGGACGCCCCGGUGGCAAACCAGGGUCUGUGCCAGAUCCCUCCUCAACAGAAUGGUGGCUUGAACGGUGUGCAGGCACUGGAGGCUGCACUGAGCACAGGGAGCAAAGUGGGGAAGGGAAAAAUUAGCAGCCCUGUGCCAUGGAGCCCGAGCAGCUGCAAUUUGCUGUAGCUUCGAAGCUCUUGGUGAGCACAUAUGAUUGUCACAGGCACAGGAGAACAGACCUGAGCCCUGAGAGCAGCAACUUGUUGAAAUUAGACCUGUUACAAAAUCAGACAGGAGAGAAAUGGGGUGUACAAAAACCUAAGAGGACAAAGUAGAUUUGAAAGAUUGUAAGAUUUCACCAAAAAAAGAUAAAGCCAACACACACCUAGGUAAUUGAACCAAUGAUGGAGGAUUUGACAGAGGAAAAUAGUCUAGCGUGGGCUGGAGCACAAGGAAGCUGAUUACUAAGGCUGGGGAAGGAGGAGGGAGGGGGCUUUUUGGCUUAGGGAAGUCUGUGCCCAUCAUCCAUAGCACAAUAAAUAAAGGCAUGCACAAAUUCAAUCAUGUUUUUAAUUUUCUAUAGUAUCAAAAAAAAAAAAAAAAAGGAAAAAAAAAGAAAAGCUAAGAAAAGCCAAAAAGAAAAAUCUGCCAUUCUUUUGGAAUUACUUUGCAAUGCUCCAGUUUCCUUAUGGAAUGUUUUUUUCCAGCUAUCAGGAGGGGACCCAGGGCACAGAGAAAUCCAGUAGCUGUGAGUUGCCCUGCUCUGCAUGGCCCUGGGAGUCUCUCUCUCUGUGCCCUCCUAGGCUGGCAUUAGACACAGACCAAACCCAUGGGGCUGAGCUGUGCUGCUCUGGGCAGGGAGGACAGAGGCACCAGGGCUGCUGUAAAGCUCUCAGGUUGCUUCAAACACCUGAGUGGCUGUGCUGCCUCCUCCUCUCAGGGAGGUUUCACCAUUCUCCCCUUCCCAGGAAUUUGGUGGAGGAGCUGUCAGCCUCACAGCCAAGUGGGCUUCCCUCACCUUCCCUCCCCUUCCCAGGGAGCAGCCAGUCCCAUUCCCACCCCUGCACAUCCCCCUGCUGUGGUGAAGACAGACACACCCCAGGGCAGCAGGACCAGGGCAGUGACCUGUCCCUCUGUGCUGGGCAUGGUGAGGCCACUCCUCAGCUCCUCAGGUCAGUUUUGGAAAGGUCUGGAGCACAAGCCUGAUGAGGGGAUGUCUUGGUUUGGAAAGCCAGGUGUCUGCUAAGGAAGGCAGGAGCCCCUCCUGAAAUGGAAAAUGUAAACCCCCUCCCUCCAAACUGCUAUAAAUUUUAAAUUAAGGGGCUCUCAGGCAAAAAUAUGGGAGCAGGAGUAACAGUUCAUUGAUAGGGAAGAAAAUAAAAAAGCUAAAAUAAACAAUGCAGUGAACUAAACCAACCCUGGCAGAGUCAGAGCACAGCCUGACACCCUGUGGGUCAGGGGGCUGGCAGCAGUCCCACUGGAAUUGUGGCUCAGCCCUCCUGCAGUGCCAGGGCUGGUUCUGCUGGAGCAGGGAUCCUGGAGAAAGGUGCAGUCUGCCUCUGAAGGUCCAGGGGAAGAGGCAGCUGCUGUUCCUCUGGGAAAUCCAGUGCAGAAGCUGAGCUGGUGUUCCAGAAUCUCCAGAUUAUAUCCAGGUAGGAAUGCUUGGCUCCUCCCCCUGGGCUCCCAUCUCCCAGUGGGAUGCUGUAGCUCUUAUCAGCCAUGCAGGGACAUCCAAUAGCCUGUUAUCAGCAGGUGUCUCUCCUGGAGGGAGGAGUGGGUGUGGGAGAGAUAAGGAAAACUGCCCACUGAACAGGAGACAGCUGCCAUUCAGAUGGCAAAUAGAUACAAUUUGCUUGGCAACCCAGGACAGGGGAAGCUGAGGGAGCUGGAGUGUGGCUCAGGCUGGAGAAAAGGAGGCUCAGGGGAGACCUCACUGCUCUCUACAGCUCCCUGGCAGGAGGGUGUGAGGAGGGAUGGGUCAGUCGCUUCUCCCAGAUAACAAGAAACAGGAUAAGAGAAAACAUGCUCUAGUUGUGCCAGGGCAGGUCUAGGCUGGAUACUGGGGAAAAAUUCUUCCUUGGAAGGGUGGUCAGGCUGUGGAACAGGCUGCCCAGGGAAGUGGUGGAGUCACUGUCCCUAGAGAUGUUUAAAAGAUGUGGAGAUGUGGCACUUGGGGAGAUGGUUUAAUGGAGCUCUUGGCAGUGUUAGAUUUACAUCUGGACACAAUGAUCAUAAAAGGUCUUUUCCAGCCUAAAUGAUUCUGUGAUUCUGUCACUCUGCUAUCCUCGUAUCUAAUGAUGGGGACUGGAAAUUAUGAUCUCAGCAUUCAUGUCUUGUGGCCUUUGUUUGGAAUAUAAAAGGAAAUCAGGAAGAAGGUUGAUUUUUCAUUUCUCUCCCUCCAAUUCCUAUUCUUCCCCUCCAAACUGUGCCACAUAAGGAACCAUUUUUAGCCUGUAUGCUCUUCAGGACAGGGAUUCUGUUACUGUGUGUUUGUACAGGGGCUGGCACUCUGGGGCUUGGUCCUUAACUGAGAUUUCUGGAUGCUUCUUAUUAUACAUAAUAAACAACAUUAUACACUGCC